CAAUUUUGCCAAAUAAGUCAAACGAUUUUCGGUGGUCCAAUCGAUAGGAAAUCAUGAAGCGGUUGGCGUAUCUAGCCUGUCUGGCGCUUUGCGUGGAGCUCGUGUGGGGGCAAUGUGCUGUCAAUAUCCGUAACGACCUCCCAACCUUUGAGCCGAUCUUUUUCCGUGGCAACACUCUGUGGGCUCCAGAUGGUCCUGAGUUGCGUUGGGCUGCCGGAGAAACGACGACAAUUUCAUGUGGAAAUGGAGUGUUGAAUGGGUUUGGAGUCUCCCACGCGUCUAUCACCUGUGUGUCGGGUAGAACAUUCACUAUUGGAGGAACUUCCGUCCUUUCAACGGCUUUGCAAUGUUCUCAGAGACCUUUGGGAGAGCUCGCCAUCACUAGUACUUCAUGUGCCAACGGACUGGGUCAAAUCCGUAAUCUUGGAUUUACAACCCAACAGGGUGCCUUCGUUACAUAUAUCCAAUCAUGCUAUAAUGUCAACACAGCCUCCGUAAUCUACACCAGGCACAUUAUCCCUGGAAGAGCCGUUGAUCAUAAGAUCAACGAAUCUUAUCGACCAUCGUUCCGGACCACUGGCACAGCAGGCCACGUGAGCCCGGCCACAUCCUACACUACGGCUCAACAGGCGGAGCGCUUAACUGUCCUGUUGGGUUCUCGAGCCCAGGCCGAUCGCUUCAUUACCACCAGUUCGUACAUGUCCCGUGGUCAUUUGUCACCGGAUGCCGAUGGAAUCUUCCGACCCUGGCAGUGGGCCACUUAUUUCUAUGUCAAUGUUGCUCCCCAGUGGCAGGUAGUAAAUGCCGGAAACUGGUUGAUUUUUGAAAAUGCUGCCCGCGCCAUUUCCGGACGGCUGCAGGAGGAUGUGCUAAUUUUCAACGGAGCCCACGACGUCAUGACGUUGCCACACGUAAAUGGUCAACAGGUUCCCAUCACGCUGGAAGCUGGCGGCAUUCAGGCUCCCAAAUGGUACUGGAAAAUCAUCAAGUCACCGAACACCAACUCCGGUAUUGCUCUGAUCACCAACAACGACCCAUUCCGAACUAGCAUGCCGGCAGCCGAAAUGUUGUGUGCCGAUGUGUGUGCCGUCUAUGGGUGGGCUAAUGCCAAUUUCGCCAAUUUCGGUCGUGGAUACUCCUACUGCUGCACCGUUGCUGACUUGAUGCGUGCCAUCCCACAUAUUCCGAGUGAGGCUGCCGUGGCGCACGUGCUACGUUUCUAAAAGGUUUUUCUUUCAAUAAAGAGUGUUUUUUUUUA